UCGCGACCUCCGCCGCGUCCGGACGCGCACGAAAACCGCGCUCAGCGCCGCUCACACUCGCGUCGCAACGCGCUAUGUCGCCCUUCAGACGACUAACUAGUGUAUUUGAAUAUUUAAACUUGUUUUCUCUUAAAAGUGUGGGAUGUAGCCCAGAAGCACGACAGUGAAUUGUAAUACAUAUUUUGUGACAAAUAAUCGAGACUAUUUAAAAAUAGGGAGAGAAAUUUCUUUGUUAUUUAACUCGACGAUGGUGUCCGAAGGGGCUCUGCCCGUUGUAUGGUGUAUGCGUGAUAACCAACUUGUACCUCACCAGGUAUCCGGUGUUAAAUUACAAGGAGUUGUCACAGGGGCGCACAUAGCUGCCGUUACAAACUUUUUACGCAUGGUAGCUGGUACCCCUAUAAUUUUACCCCAUACAAGUUUGCCGGAAAAUAUAGAGAAUGAUGUUAAUCAGGAAAAGGAAAACACUACGAGACAACGAAAGUUAUCCAUGCAAGUGGAAGUGCCUUGUGUUUUUCUGUCUGAAAGUGCAUUGAAGAAAGCAAAAAGCCGUCAAAAUUCUUUAGAAGAGAAAAAGGUACUAUUUGAAAAUUCCAGUAUAAAUGAUGUGAAUUGGAACAAAGAUAAUAUGUCAUUUAUGAAUUCAACAAAUAAUUUAUUGAGUAACAAAUCUAUAAUGGAAAAAGAUUGUUUGAAAAGGCCUAUUUUUUCCGAAUCGGAGACAGAAAACAUAACUCAAAGAAUUACUAGAAUAAUAGAUCUAGAUAAUUUAAAUAACGAUAAAUUAAAUAACGACAAAGAUAUAGAGCCUACUCAAAGGAUAACUAGGAUUAUCGAAUUUAAAGAUAAUCAUUUACCUCCAGUAUCCAAAGAUAUGGAAAAUGAAGUGCCACAGAAAAUAACUAGAAUAAUAGAGCUUAAUGAUAGUAAUUUAUUUUCAACGACUAAUGACGACGCUGAUGAUGGAAGUAACGACCAAAAAAUAACGAAAUCCAUAGAUUCUUCUUUUCCGAGUAUGGCUAAAAUAAUUGAAAUGGAAAACGAAAAAUCAAAUGAAAGGAAAAUUUCAUUGACAAGUGAGCGAGAAAUUGGUUGCGGGCUUGAUGAUUGCCAUGAAGAUAUUGUGACAAAUUUCAGGCCUCUGCAAAGGAGUAGAUUUAGUGUAGAUUCCUCGUGCUCCGAAAACUCUUACGCUAAUAUCGAAACAAUUAAUAAGAGUUUACAGGAUGAUAAAAAGGAGGAUAAUUUAGAAUCUUCAAAUGCUGACUCUCUGUUAGCUACAAAACCAAUUAUUCGUUCUCGUUUUCGUAGAAAAAAAACUUCGGUUUGUUCCAUCGGUUCUUCGGACUGUGAUGAUGAAGUAGAUGUAAUAUUUAAAUCUAAGCCGAAAUCUAGUCAGUGGGUGAGUCUUGAUUGGAUUCCACCUCCUCAUAAAGAAGAACCAGUGAUAACGCAUGUCUGUGAUAAAAACGAUUUCAUAUCGAAAUGGAUUGCGGAACAAAAUUCGCAAAGUUCAGGAAUUGUGCCUGAUGAAAGAAGAAGAAGCCUUCCUCCAAAAUCUAACGAAAUUUAUUUACAAAAUAUGAGAAGGUUUAGCGACAGCUUGCAAAUUUGUAAAGAGGAUGCGGCAAGCGAUUCACCUGCUACUGUAAAAUGGAAAUGGCAUGAUAUUGUUAAACAACAUCUACAACUAUUAAAAAACGAUAAAGGUUUUAGACGUCAAAGGGGAAGUUGGAUGCGAACAGCCCGAAGAUUGUCUCAUUCGAACGUAAAUAAUAAUAGUUUGGAUACCUUGCCAUUGGAUACAUAUAUGAAGCUAAACACGAUGCCGUGGUACUUCCGUAAAAUAAAACGAAUCGAGGCGGAGAAGAAAUUGCUCCUGCCCGAAAACGAACACGGUGCUUUCCUCAUUCGUGAUUCGGAAAGCCGUCAUAAUGACUUUUCACUAUCAGUUCGCGACGGUGACACGGUGAAGCAUUACCGCAUAAGACAGCUCGAUGAGGGCGGCUUCUUCAUAGCCCGGCGCACCACCUUCCGAACCCUACAGGAGCUGGUGGAACAUUACAGCAAGGACGCGGAUGGCCUCUGCGUCUCCCUUAACAACCCGUGUGUACAGGUGGAGAAACCCGUAACAGAGGGACUCUCGCACAGAACAAGAGACCAAUGGGAGAUCGACCGGUCCUCACUAAAGUUCGUCCGCAAGCUCGGCCACGGGCAGUUCGGGGAGGUGUGGGAGGGCCUCUGGAACAGCACCACGCCGGUCGCCAUCAAAACUCUGAAGUCGGGAACGAUGGACCCGAAGGACUUCCUCGCUGAGGCGCAGAUCAUGAAGAAGCUGCGGCACAGCAAACUGAUACAGCUGUACGCAGUGUGCACGCUAGAGGAACCCAUAUAUAUUAUCACCGAAUUGAUGAAGAACGGCUCACUUUUAGAAUACUUGCAAGGCAAAGGGCGCGGUCUGAAGCUGCAGCAGCUGAUCGACAUGGCGGCACAGAUCGCGGCCGGCAUGGCGUACCUCGAGUCGCAGAACUACAUACACCGCGACCUCGCAGCGCGGAACGUGCUCGUCGCCGAGGCGAAUAUCGUCAAGAUCGCCGACUUUGGUCUCGCCCGGCUUAUUAAGGAGGACGAAUACGAGGCACGCGUGGGCGCCCGCUUCCCCAUCAAGUGGACGGCGCCGGAAGCCGCGAACUACAGCAAGUUCUCGAUCAAGUCGGACGUGUGGUCGUUCGGCAUCCUGCUCACUGAGCUCGUCACUUAUGGCCGGACGCCUUAUCCGGGCAUGUCGAACGCGGAGGUGAUGCACCAGGUGGAGCACGGGUACCGCAUGCCGUGCCCGCCCAGCUGCCCCGCGCCGCUCUACGAGAUCAUGCUCGAGUGCUGGCACAAGGACGCGCUCAAGCGGCCCACCUUCGAGACGCUGCAGUGGAAGCUCGAGGACUUCUUCACCAUGGACAACUCGGAGUACAAGGAGGCGGCCGCCUACUGAGCCCGGCCCGCCCUGCCGGCCCACCGACACAAGACACACGCUGCGAGCGUGUACCACAUGCCGCCGGAGCUGCAGCUGCUGCACAACAGCGCGUCGAUGCAACACCUGCACGCGCACGCGCACCCGCACGCGCACGCGCACGCGCACCACCACAUGCCCGUGCACUCGGCCACGCUGGCCCAGAUGCCCGUGCACGCGGCCGCGCUCGCACAGCUGCCCGCGCACUCGGCCACGCUGGGCCAGGUGCACUCGGCCACGCUGGGCCAGGUGCACUCGGCCGCGCUGGGCCAGCUGCCGGUGCCGGUGUGCCACCACCACGCGCACGGCAGGAACACGCUCGCGUACCGCGUGCCGCACUAGCUCGCCCACACGCGCCCACACGCGCCCACACGCGCCACACGCGCCCACACGCGCCCACACGCGCCACACGCCGACGCACCGCGCACACUACGCACGCUGCGCACGUGUACAACACAACGCUAAGGAAGACGAGAAGAUGUGAUCACACGUGUGGUCGGUGUUCGCCUCUGUGAUUUGUAAAUGUGCGCGGUUUCAAUACGUUUGCACUGUGAAUUCUUUAUAACUAUCAGUUUUAUGAUUUGUCAUACCACAAUACGCAGUUCUGUAGUUGUUGAUUUCAUGACGAAAUUGCUGCACGUGGUGUACACACAGCAUUUUAUUUAUUCAUAAUAAUAAACAUCAGCAAUUGUGUAUUUAGAUAUUUUUAUGUAGUGUCAAUGUGUGCGCGCCGAAUACCCAACACUUUCAUUGUCAUUGUAAAAUGAAAUCAUUCAUUAGAAGUAUAGAAUUGAUUUUAUUAUAAUAACGGCAUAUAAUUACUGUAAGAGAGUUAGCUUGUUGAAAAACUCGAUAUAAAAAUUGUUACCAUUGUGGUAUUAGAGUUGACAUGAAGAGUAAAUAAUCUUCAAGUAUGUUUUAUAUUGAGUUAGAUGAAAGUAAAAUUAGCGUCUGUUAUUUAAAUCACUCAUCACUUCAGUUCAAUACUAUGUGCUUGGUAAUAAACGAUUUUCAUCCUUAACGUGUAUGUAAUAAGGAUCAAAAUCAUAUUAUUUCAAUAGUAAAAUCAUUAAACUCGUAACAAGGCCAAAACAGAUUUAUUCGCCCGUUUUCGCAUUUUUCCAUAAGCUCUUUAGGAAGUCUUCACUAGAUUAAGCUUGUUUAAAUGCGCAAAUAUAAGCAGUCUUUCUCGCUCUAAUAAGAGAUAUUUAGAUGAAUAGAGAAAGAUAAAGCUGUAGUUAAAUGCGAAUGCGGUCGUUUGAGUUUGGCUUAACUUUUUUCAUGUAAGCUAGGUGUCGACAUUCCUUUUAAUUUUACACGUAUACACAAAUACUACGUAUGUUAGUAAUAAGAUACCGAUUUUUUAUAAUAAAGCAACGGAUUAACGUAAAUUAUACUGUAAUUGUUUCGAUGUGAGGGAAAUAGAAUUAAAAAUGUGCAAAGAGAUGGUUAUAAAGUAUUUAAUAAGUAAAUUAAUGUGUACGCGUGUAUUUUUCUUAUUGCAUCUUAAUCAAAUUUUAUAUUUAAGCAUGUAUGGUUUGAUAAAAUAAGGGCAAAUUCGCUAAUUCAUUAAUAUUCAUACGUACUUGAUUCCGUCUCGAACGCAGGACAUACAUCAUCAUUUUUUAGAAUUAUUUCCCCAAUUAAUUUUGCUGUAUAAUAUCUAGUUUUAUAUCUCUUUGUAUCUAAAUUAAUUUUAUCAUCCUCACGUCGAUAGUACUUUGCCCGCAAUUUUUACGAAAGUAUUUAUAGUGUAGGCUAACUUUUAUCGCACGAAUUCUCAAUUAUAAAGUCGCUGUAUCGAAAUACAAGUUCACAAAAACUUGUAUUUACUACUUGUGUAUGGGGUUAUGAUAUCUAAAGAGCUGAUUUUUCAAUCUUCAAGUGGCAUUUUCAAGAUUUUAAUUCUUCUUGGGUUGUUUUGCAUGACACGAGUAUUUUUUGUCUUCAAAUUUCCUUGAAUAUUGAAAAAUCAGCUGGCACUGAAGUAACAACGAAGUUAGUUUGGGAUUCGUGCAAGUGACGUAGGUGGUGGGUGCGUGCGUGUGUGCGUGUGGUGCGUGUGCGUGUGCGAGUGCGAGUGCGCGCGUGUGCGUGUCGGAGGAUAUUUAGGUUCGGCAGGGACUCUUGUAUUGCGCGUAACGAUUCUCGUUCAUGUCUCGAUUACGCGCCAUCGGAUAAGGUAUUUUUCACCUUCGUAUACCAUAUUUAAUGUAGAUUAACGAUAUUGGUGAUAGAUGCCAAAUAAUCCUAAUAAAGAACUGAAUUUUAUAUGUAUACAUACUGAUCGUUCUGAGGGUAUUUAGACGUUAGACAUUAUUUAUGUAAUUUAUGUAGCUUUUCUAUCGCGUUCGACUAACGAAUACAUACACAUUAUUAUUCUAAUUGUAUUGGAGGCGUUCGUUAUUAUUAUUUCAGCGAGUUUCCUUCAGACGUGCUCGGUUCGAUCGGUUCGCGAUGCGGAAGCGUUUUGAAUUUGAUUUGUGCCAAGACUUUUAGUUUAAGCGAAAGUUUUACGUUGCCACGAAUUAUAUCGAUUGUCCAAUAGGCGACCGCUCGCGUGACUCGUGAGACGAAUUGGCCUAAGAAUUAAUGUUUUGGAUGUGUAGUUUUGUAUUUUUAUGUGUUAGAUAUAUAAUUAGUAUUUAUUGCGAUUAGAUAUUAUUUAUUGUCGGCAUCAUACUCAUGCGUUAUUCCCGCAAGACGUUUGUAUGUGCAAUAGCUUCGAGUAGUUUUGUUACGUAUUGGAAACUCGAUGAAUGUUGUCGUAGCGAAACCGAUUUUACAUCCUCAGAACAUUUGAAAACAUGAGUUGUACGAUAGGUUCGGAAAUGUUAUCGUCGACGCUGACGAGUAUCUAAACUGUUUGAUACCCCGGACAGUGCUUUAGUCGUUUCCCCCAUUAUUGUAAAUAGUACCAAAUGUAGAGUUAAAAGUUUACGAGUGAUAUUAGUUCGUCGGUGAUUACGAAAACGUACUGCCCAAUAGAGGUCCACUGACUCUACCAUUCCAAUCGGAUCGCAACCAUUUUAUUAUUAUAGAUAGACAUUGUGACAAAACGUUUAGAUGGUAAAUUACAUUUGUUGUAUCACAGUUAAUUAUUGAUAAGACGGAAAUUGACUCGCACAAAUUUGAAAUAGCUUUUGAUUAACUGCCUAUUAACGAGGUGCCUCAAAAUUCUUCAUAUAUAUACGUCACAAAGUAUUCGGUCUUGAUGUCUUGCUACUCGUCCGUGAGCGAAGUAUAUUAGUUUUCAUACAUUAUAUUAGAUCUCUAUUCGAUUGAGUGCUCAAAACUAUUGGUAUUUUGAUAGAUAUUUUUUCAGCUUGGUUUCAAUGUGAAGUGGUCAAAGUUCGCUCACGACCAGUGGCAACGUUGUUUUGUAAACGCACUGUGGAUAUAGCACUUGAAUGUAUAGAGAAAUGAAUGGUACAAGUAGAUUUUGAACUUCUGUAUAAACUUUUACUCAUUCCGAGUAUCCAAGAAAAUAGUAAUAUUUUAAAUGUAUUUUAUGAUCUUAUUCACAGUACUACGAGGAUAACAAAAGUGACUAUUUACUCUCCUACUGUAUUAUUUUGAUAAUUUAUUUAGUACGUUAAUAUCGUCGUAAGUUGUAGCUGUAUAAACGCUUUAGGCUUUACGCUUUAUCGCAAUUAGCUAAGUUCGCUACGUUUUGUCCCGUUCAAGGCAAUAAUAUAACGUAUUAUUAUAUUUUUAAUUAUUUUUAUUUAGUUAGCCAAUUAUAAGUGUAUUACUUGUAAAAUUGCGCCAUCACAAUAUAAUAUGGGAGUGAAUCAAAUAGAGAUAAGGCUUCGUGAAAGUGUUACUUCGAUAUAAAUGAAAA